AUGUCUGACACUGUCUACCCCGAAGUCCUCUGGGCUCAGCGAUCUUCCGAAUCUGACGUUUCCAAGAACUUCAUCUACCUCACCAUCUCCGUCCCUGAUGUGUCCAAGGACAACAUUAGCCUCGACCUUCAGCCUACCAAGCUCAACUUCACUGGCACCUCAUCCACUCUCAAGAAGAAGUACCAUGUCGAGCUUGAGCUCUGGGGCGAGAUCGACCCUGCAGAGAGCAAGAUCAACCACACUUCCAAGAACGUUGAAAUAAAGCUACAGAAGAAGGAGCUCAAGGACGAGUACUGGCCCAGACUACUCAAGGACUCCAAGCGCGUCCACUUCCUCAAGACAGACUUUGACAAGUGGGUCGAUGAGGAUGAGCAGAACGAGGCCCCUGAGGACGACUUCUCUCAGUUCGGCGGCAUGGGUGGUGGCAUGCCUGAUAUGGGUGGCAUGGGCGGCGGCAUGGGUGGUAUGGGCGGCAUGGGUGGUGACUUUGGCGGCAUCGACUUCUCCAAGCUGGGAGGCGGUGCUGGCUUCCCUGGCGCUGAGGGUGAGAUGGACGAGGACGAGGGUGACGACGACAUGCCCGCGCUCGAGGGCGACGACAAGAAGGACGCCGCCCCCGCUGCUGCUACUGAGAAGAAGGAUUAA